AUGCCGCUGGCGUAUGCUGUGCCCACAGAUUCGGCCACGGAGGACAAGCCCGAGGCCGUGGCGGCGCCCUGGCCGCGGUCCCGCUGCCGCUUGCCGGCGGUCAGUGCGCUCGCCGUCCUCCCGGUGGUGGCGGUCUGCGCGGUCGCGGUGGGCGGUUCUGGCGGCCCGAUCCCCGUGCGCGGGAGGUCGGCCGAAGUGAUCAGCAUGCCAGACUGGGGCAAGGAGGCGAGAUUGGCGCCGUGGACAUCUCCGAUCGUCGAGGGCGCUGAGCAGGGCGUCGCCCUCGUCUGUGGCCAGGCGACGAAGCCAGACGGCACUCCGUCCCGGGCUUUAGCAAUGAGGCAGGUGCUGAUGGACGAAGGGAUCCCAGAGGACAAUACCAUUUUGGAGUCUCAGGCAUUUACCACAGCGGAGAACUUCUGGUUUGCCAUGCGUUGGAUCUCCAGGCACGGGCAA